AUGUCGGACCAUGCAGACAUGGACGUCUGGAAGCUGGUGGUGCAGGUGCAGUCAUUUUGGAGGCUGGUGAUCCAGGUGCAGGAACCUUGGAGGCUGGCAGCUCAAUUGCAGGAACCUUCUAAAAAACCCAGAGCCUCACUGUCAGCAGAGGAAACAAUCUUACCAGCAGGGGGCAGUGUAGCACUACGAUGCUCUGUGUUCAGAUCUGCUGGCUGGAAGUUUGACUGGUUCAGACAGGAGUCAGUGUCUUCUCCAGCUCAGCUCAUCAGAACCAAUGAACCAGAUGGAGUCCUCAGAGUCUCAGAGGGAGGUGUGUACAGCUGCAGAGGAGGAAGAGGAGAUCCAGCUUUCUACACUGAAACCAGCACAGAGGUCUCCAUUCAGGAAACUGUUUCCAAUAAACCUACUCUGACCCUGCAACCCAACUGGUCUGAGAUAUUCAGAGGAGAGACAGUCACUCUGAGAUGUGAGAUCCAGGGAGGUGGAGGAGCUCAGUGGACGUAUGAAUGGAGACCAACCAGAAACUCUCCAUCAUCCAGUGAAUACAGGAUCACCCCAGCUGACAGCAGCAGAUACAGCUGCAGAGGAACAGGAAACUAUCUGUUAACACAAUGGAGCGAAUAUCUCUCAUUAACUGUUUCCGAUAAACCCAGAGCCACGUUGACACCAGUAAGAACAGUCCUACCAGCAGGGGGCAGUGUAGCACUGAUCUGCUCUGUGUCCAGAUCUGUUGGCUGGAAGUUUGACUGGUUCAGACAGGAGUCAGUGUCUUCUCCAGCUCAGCUCAUCAGAACCAAUGAACCAGAUGGAGUCCUCAGAGUCUCAGAGGGAGGUGUGUACAGCUGCAGAGGAGGAAGAGGAGAUCCAACUUUCUACACUGAAACCAGCAAAGAGGUCUCCAUUCAGGAAACUGAUCAACCUGUACCUGUCCUCUCUGUAUCUCCAUCAUGGCUGAGUCCUGGAGCCUCAGUGACUUUGAGCUGUGAGGUUAAACCUUCGUCUGCAGGAUGGAGGUUCUUCUGGUAUAAAGCUGUCCCUGAAUCAUCAGAUAGAUCCUACAGCUUGGAGCUGCUGCCUAACAUCCCUAACAGGACUGAACAGAACUCCUACAUCGUUCAUGGACAAACUCACACAGCAGGAUAUGUGUGCAGAGCAGGAAGCGGAAAACCUGUGAAUUAUACGGGUUACAGUGAACCAAAGUUUGUCUGGUCUGCAGAUCCUCAUCCAGCAGCAUCUCUCUCAGUGAGUCCUGACAGAGUCCAACACUUCAGCUCUGACUCUGUGUCUCUGAGCUGUGAGGGAAACUCUACUGAGUGGAGAGUGAGGAGGUUUACAGAAACAGGCCGACUGUCAGACUGCUCCUCCUGGGGAAACCUGCAUAAAUCUACAUGUACCAUCAACCUAUACCAGAAUCAGAGUGGAGUGUACUGGUGUGAGUUUGGAUCAGGAGAGUUUAGCAAAGCUGUUAACAUCACUGAAUGGGCAGCUCUGCCCAGUCCUGUCAACGCUUCAUGUCCUGUUAUUGUUGGACUAGUUAUUGGAGUCAUUAUCAUUAUUCUCCUGCUCUGGUUGUGGCGCUACAAAUUAUCCAAAGAUUUAAGGUGUAUCAGACUAAUUCGAUCAGAGAGCAACAAUCAAACCCCAGCCACCAAUCACGGAGGAAGCCAGACUGAUAGUCACAUUUACAGCUCCCUACUUCAUGGUGACACUUCCCUCUAUGAGACAAUCCAAUCCCGCAGAAGUGACACUUCACUCUAUGAGACAAUCCAACCCCACAGAACCUCUGGAAAUGGAAAGGGGAGUCCUGCAGCAACAGAUGCAGCAGAGUAGGCUGGAUGCUGUCAUUGUUUAUUCUGCUGUAUAUUGCAUGAAAUAAAAGAUGUUAUCUUGGAUAAUCCCUCAUUCUUCUAUGCUCUGAUUACAAGUCUUUUAAUAUAAAUGGAUUUUAGAUAUCAGACGUGCCACUUUAGUUUUUGUUGUAGCAGUGCACAUGGUGUGUUUAUU